CCUGAUUAAGUUUCAACCAAUAAUGUAGCAGUAGUUGGACGGUGGGAAGGCCUUAAGCAAGUUCUCUACUGUGCGCAGCAGCAGCAAGGAACAGGGAACUUUGUUUGGUUUCAACAAAGAGAGUCAUGGUUCAAGCCAAAACCUGGAUCCUGAAGCAGCAUUUUGAGGGCUUUCCUAAAGACUCCGACUUUGAGCUAAAACUAGAGCAGCUCUCUGAGCCCAGAGAUGGAGAGGUUCUUCUGGAGGCAGUGUUCCUUAGUGUGGACCCUUACAUGCGUCCAUUCAGCCGUGUUCGAAUGCAAGCUGGAGAUGUGAUGAUUGGAACUCAAGUUGCCAAGGUGAUUCAAAGUAAAAAUCCUUCAUUUCCUGUGGGCUGCCAUGUGGUUGGUCGAUGUGGCUGGAGAACACACACUGUGACUGAUGGGAGCAAUAUCACCAAAAUCUUGGUUGACUGGCCUCAGGAUGUCUCCCUGUCCCAUGCCCUUGGAGCCAUUGGGAUGCCAGGGUUGACCGCUCUCUACGGUUUGGAGGAGGUCUGUGCCAUCAAACCGGGAGAAACCUUACUGGUUAAUGCAGCCGCGGGGGCCGUUGGUUCUGUAGCUGGUCAAAUUGCCAAACUAAAAGGUUGCAAGGUUGUGGGAUCAGCAGGAAGUGAUGACAAGGUGGCAUAUCUGAAAGAGCUGGGCUUUGACCAGGCUUUCAACUACAAGACUGUCCCGUCACUGGAGGAAGCACUGAAGAACGCUUCACCCGAAGGUUACGACUGCUACUUUGAGAAUGUGGGCGGCCCUUUUUCGAGUGUUGCUAUUCCGCAGAUGAAGGAAUUUGGGCGUAUUGCUGUGUGUGGAGGAAUAUCACUGUACAAUGACACUACCCCACAGACAGGUCCUUAUCCACACCUGCAAAUGAUUUUUAAGCAGUUGAAAAUGGAAGGGUUCUUGGUGGGCAGGUGGGAACAUAAAAACGACGAGUCACUGAAGCGAAUGUUGACCUGGAUGCAGGAGGGAAAGCUGAAGUGUAAAGAACAUGUAACUGCUGGCUUUGAAAACAUGCCUGCUGCUUUCAUGGGGAUGCUGCGGGGAGAAAACAUCGGAAAAGCCAUUGUUAAAGUCUGAUGGCAAGUACUCCAGUGUUUGCUCAUGAAACAACAAUCUUGCCAUUUUUGUUAUAGAUUUUGCAUUAAUAAUUGUAUGUUUUCAUGUUGUGUCCAUUAUUUUGUUUUACAAAUAAAGUCUUUUUUUUUUAUUAUUUUUUUGUAAAUCAGUGUCACAUUUGCCACAGAUAUGCACAAAGCGGGAAUAAAAUUAUACUUUUUUUCUCAUAUUAGAAACAUGAAGGAAAUUUUGAUCCCAAAAGAUUAACAUUGGCCUAUUAAGUCAGCAAUUGUUAAUUAUGUCAUGAAAAAAAACUUAUUUUUCAAUAGGAUAUGCAUCAUCAUGAACUAGAUGAACCACAUGAACAACAGCAUAUAGAUAAUUUAACAGUCUUUGGACAGUGUGUAAGAUUUUUAAUGCAACUCAUACAAUUUGAUAAGAAUGGUUAUGAGGUUUUGUUGCAAUAAAACUAUUAUUGCAUCCAUUA